AUGAGGUUCCGCAAGUUCUUCCAUUCAGUAUUCCUCACCCUACCCCUUACCGGGGGCUUCAGAGCCUCUGCCCAGUCCACAGACUCUCCGGCUCAGCUAUGGCCCCUCCAGUCCUUCAAAAGCACGUCCAUACAAGCCCCCUAUAUGAACGUAACCAAGAACGCCCAAACCGAGAUCGGGUAUACGUUCAUCUCGCCCCACGAUAUCAUCCGCAACACGGGGUACCCCAUGAUCUACGCCGACGACGGCCAGCUCGUCUGGAGGGGGCCGUCCGUGAAUAUAUCUGCAUUACAGCCCCAGAUCCUCGACGGUCAGCCUGUCCUCGCCUACUGGGACGGGUAUCUCUUCCCUGGGUUUGGCUUUGGCGGGAUUACUAUCUUGAAUAGCUCGUAUGACGAGAUAUAUAGGGUCACCCUGCCAGGGGAUGAGAAUAACUUUGUGACGAUUGCCGAGCCGCAGGCGUUCGACUCAUACAUCGACAUUCACGAGAGCCAGAUCACGCCCGAGGGGACGAUCCUAGUUACAGCGGUGAAUGUGACACAGAUGGAUCUAAGCCCCAUUGGUGGACCGGGAGAUGGCUGGGUCCAGGACGGGCUCAUCUACGAGAUUGAUAUCAAAACGAACAAGGUUCUUUUCCGAUGGAGCGCAGUAGAACACCUUGACAAGGUCCCGCUUUUGGAUAGCAUGCUGCCGCUCGGGGACUCGGGAAGGAAUCUGACUGCGCCAUACGAGUAUCCGCAUCUAAAUUCUAUCGCCAAAUAUGGGGACUCAUACCUUAUUUCCUCACGGUUCAUGUGUAGCCUGUUCUUCAUUGACAAGGACGGGCAUGUCAUUUGGCACCUACAUGGCCAGAAAGGGGGCGACUUCACCAUCAGCCCGGAAGCCCGCUUCUGCUAUCAACACGACGCGCGCUUCAUCACGCAAACUAACAAGCGAAUCACUCUACAGCUACACAACAACGAAAACACCGACUACACCAGCCCGACGAGCCUCACCACAGGCCUCGUCCUAGAUCUGGACAUGGAAAACCGCAGAGUCUCAGCCGUGCGCAAAUACUGGGACGCGGCUGAGCCCGUCUUCGCGCAGUCGCAGGGGAGCUACCAGAAUUUAACAAAUGGGCAUGUCCUCCUGCAGCACGGCGCGACGCCCAAGCUUGAGGAAUUUGAUGAGCAUGGGGCGCUGGUUAUGCGGGCACGGUUUGGGUUCGACAAUACGUUACAGUCGUACCGCGGAUAUAAGGCGUCCUGGGUGGGGAGACCGAGGACCCGGCCGGAUGUUUUUGCUUGUACUGCAGGCGCGGGGGAAAUGACGGUCGUGUAUGUCAGCUGGAAUGGGGCAACGGAUGUGGAGGCUUGGAAGGUGAUGGAGGCGGCGCCGGAGCAGGGUGUUCUUCAUGAUGUAAAGACUGUGCUCCGGAAUGGCUUUGAGACUAGGAUUCAGCUUGACGUUUCUGUGGAGAAGGUGGUUGUUGUGGCAGUCGGGGGCGUGGGACACGGCACCAAAUCUGACAUUAAAAAGGUUGUGGAGUGCUGUUGA